AAUUUCUCCAGGACUGGAUAGAUGACUCUGUAGGGGGCCUUGCUAAAGAUGGAUGCUUAGAUUGACCUGGCAAUGGAACCUUUGUCUUUUCUUGCCUUCGCCUCUGUGUAGCAUUACCUCCUGGACUUCAGCCACACCCUCCCCUCACCUAUGCCUGCAGGACCAUGGGCAGUGUCAGCAGCCUUGUCAACGGCAACAGCCUCAGCAGCAAACACUGCAAGGCAUCUGAGCACAGGUCGAAAAAGGGAAUAAGUCCCCCUAGAACGAGUGGAGGUUGCAGCCUAGACGAGUUACUGAAGUGUGGAUUCACGCAGGGCUCCUCGUCUACUUCUCAGCCCUCCAAAGGCCUGUCGUACUCCCGGUCAGGUCGAAGUGAAGAUUUCUUCUACAUCAAAGUGAGCCAUAAACCGAGGCCAGUGUACCAUAGAGGAGCAUCAAUGGAAGAUCAAUCAAGUGAAAAGAACAGAGAUGGGGAAUCAGAUGGGCGGCUGCAACCCAAACUGCUGCUCAUGUCAAGAAAAAUGACUCACAGGACCUCUGCUGAGAAGUCAUUGGUCCGUUCCACUGCCUUCAAGCCUGUGAUUUCCAAGAGUGCAUCCUCCACAGAGACAGGCCACAACAACCUGGACAUCCUUUGUCCUCUGGAGAAAGCAAAGAGCAGACACAAGCAAGACACCUCAGGCACUCUCUCAGACUCAGGACGUAACUCUAUGUCUAGCCUGCCCACCCACAGCACCAGCGGCAGCCUAAGUGCUUCCACGGGCCCUGUCAGUCACAGUGAUGGCAGCUCAGCUUCUGCAAACAGCCUCAGCAAGGGAGUACAACCCAAUUUACCUCCACGGGUCAACGGGAAUGGCAUUAACCCUGACUGUAGGUACAGGGCUGGUUUAAACUGCGGAGGGUUGGCAUCGAAGGCUAAUGGGGACGCCGGCUCCCCGCUUUCCUCAGAGGAGCCGAACGCUCUCUCUGAAACUGCAGGAGGGAUUCGGUCGCCCAUUACUCCGGAUGAGUCUCUAAUUGAACUCCUGGAACAAAGGCUGCUGGAGAGAGAGAGUGGACUGCAGGAGCUACAGGUAGGUUUUGAGGACAAGGAAGCAGACACGUGCCAGCUGUUUGAGGAAAGACAGAGGUACUGUGCGGAGGACAUGGAGGGGCUGAAGCAGCGCUGCUCCACCAAGCUACGGCAAGUGUCCCACAUGGCUGCAAAAACCCAGGAGGCCCUCCAGCUGCAGGUCAGCCAGCUCCAGGCAGAGAAGGAGAGGCUCCAGGAGGAUGUCUCAAAGCUGACCCAAGAGAAGGAUCUCAUGGAGCUCAGACUGAGGUCGUGUGCGACGGAGAGCACGCAGCUCGCGCCGACCCUGGAGGAAACGCAAUGGGAGGUGUGCCAGAAAACAGGGGAGAUCUCUUUGUGGAAGCAGCAACUGAGAGACUGCCAGGCAGACGUCAACCACAAGCUAAACGAGAUCGUCUGCCUCCGAGCGUCACUGAAGGAGAACAAAGCCAAGAUGGAGAUACUCGAGAGACAAAGUGAUGACAAACUGCGCUCUCGCACCAUCGAGGUCGAGGUGUGCCAAAAUGAACUCCAGCGCAAGAAGAAUGAGGCAGAUUUCCUGAGAGAGAAAGUGAGGAAACUGGAGGAAGACAUUCGGGGAAUGAAAGAGGAUAUCGCCGCGGCGACAGAGCGGAGGCUGAAGCAAAGUUUACAACUCGAGGCCCGAGUCCAGACCCCGGCCUCAGAAAGACCACUCCAAGGCUCUGACCCGGGGGAGGAGGGCAGCGGACACACUGCCACGGCACCGCUCCAGAGAGAGGUGGAGAGACUGAAGCAGCAGCUCGGGGAGGAGAAGGACACACAGGUGAGGCUGGCUAGCGGCUUUGAGCAGGAGAGACUGACGUGGAACAAGGAGAAAGACAGAGUCAUCAAGUACCAGAAGCAGCUGCAGAUCAACUACCUGCAGAUGCACAAGAAGAACCAGGACCUGCAGCGCAUCCUGAAGGAGCUGUCCGCUGAGCUGGAGAGCCGGACGGAGCUCGGCAUGGAGAGGAACUACAGCUCAGGGCUCCAAACGUACGAGGACGUUAUCGCAACAGAGAUUUAGGAUUAAAGUGAACUCAGCACUUGACUUUUUUUCCCCGCCAUAUAUAUUUAUGAUAUCAUAACUGCUGGAGAUUAUUCACUGCGAAUUAGUUUGUUUUUUUUACAAGAGUUAUUUAAUCAAAUGUGUAUAAUCUAGUGUAUUUUGUUUCCAGGACACUGACACUGUUAGUAAAAUAUUUAAUGUUUAAUUCAGAUUUUUCCCAUUGUGUCUCACAGGAUUGCUCACAGUUUAAAAAAUUCACACAUUUUUGAGUUAAAACACCCUUUAUUAGUUGCUCAGUGAUAGCUGGUUUAUGCAUGAGAGCAGCUUCACAUCUGCCCCUUGCAGCAUGGCACAUGGCAGUGAUGUAUCAUCUGUGUGUUUGGGGUCCUGAACCUUGAUGGACUUUCCAUGUAUAUUCGUGUUCCUGUCAGCUCCAACACGUCCAUUCUUAGAGGGGCUGUGCAUGAAAAGCUGUUUUAAAUCACUUUGUCGUUUCUCCAUAAUGAACAGGUCAUGUGAUGUGCAUAUGUGUGUGUGUGUCCACACCAAUGUAAAAGGGUUUGCUCUUCAAAAUACAUGUUCAAAAAAAGGCAAUUUAAUUAAAUUCAACAGUGAACAUUGUAAACAAUGUGCACUAUACUGCAGUUGA